AUGAAAUUCACUUAUGUGUUAUCCGGUUGGGAAGGAACUGCCUCUGACUCAAGAAUUUUGAAAGAUACUUUAAGUAGGGAAUAUCCACUUCGAAUUCCCAAAGGAAAAUUUUAUCUAGGCGAUGCUGGAUUCAUGCUGAAGCCUGGGAUACUUACACCAUACAGAGGUGUUCGGUAUCACCUGAAAGAGUAUUCUGUACGUAAGCUACAAAAUCCUAAAGAACUAUUCAACCACCGGCAUUCUUCAUUAAGAAAUGUCAUUGAAAGAAGUUUUGGAGUUCUAAAGAAAAGAUUCCCAAUUAUAGCUGGCGACACUGAACCUCAUUAUUCAUUUGGAACUAUGAGAGACAUUUUUUUGACAUGUUGUAUACUGCAUAACUUUUUUAUGGGUGUUGAUGUUGAUCAAUCUAUAAUUGAUGAUGUUGACCGAGAAUUGCUACAAGAACGCAAUAUAGAUAGAUCACAAUCAAAUCAACAACGUGAUCAGGAAUAUAGGCAUGCAGCAUUGUUACGAGAUAACAUUGCAGCUGAAAUGUGGAAUGUGUAUCAAACAUUAUGA